UGAAGUUAGCCACGCUAUACGAGUAACAUUUUUUUUUAGUUUGUAGUUUGCGAGUUCACGACUGUGUUUAGAUUUGUCGGGUCCUAAAACCUGUGGCAUUCUUCUUGUUAAAAGGUGUCGUCACUGAAUAUUUGUAUUGCUAUCGAAGUGAUAAGUUCAUGUAACGUCGCGGGUAAUCGCAAUAUUUCAUGGUCGGGAGUGAAGUGCAAAUGUUCUAGGUUGGUGAAAUAAUGACGAGCAGUGCUUUUAUCGCUUUGUAGCGAUGUGUGGUUUUAAUACAUUAAGUUGAUUGUGAUUUCAAAAUUCAUGGUGUAUCCAAUAAAAUUAGUGUCGUUUAUAGAGUAUAUUUCGAAUCAUAGGGACCAUAAACGAGCCGACGGAUUCUAUCAUGGUCGUAAAACGUGCUGCGGACAGUGCGGAAUCACCUAUUUUGGAGGAAGCCGGCGAGAGCGGUUCUGAACAGAAGCCAAAGCCCCUCGUCAAAUAUGGCGAGCUCGUCAUACUCGGAUACAACGGUUACCUACCCGCUGGUGAGCGCGGCCGCCGCCGGAGCAAGUUCGUGCUCUACAGGCGACCGCAGGCCAACGGCGUGCGGCGCUCCAAGCACUACGUAGUGAAGACCCCGCACAGCAGCAAGGCUAUCCUCGACGCCAGCCAGCACUCCAUCUCCUACACGCUCAGCCGCAGCCAGGCGGUCAUCGUCGAGUACACGGAGGAUCCCGACACUGAUAUGUUCCAGAUCGGUAGGUCGUCAGAAUCGCCGAUCGACUUCGUGGUAAUGGACACAGUGGCAGGCGACAAAAGCGGCGACACGAAAGUGCUGCAGAGCACAAUUUCGCGGUUCGCGUGUCGCAUAAUCGCCGACAGAGAGGACGUCAACAACUGUCGCAUAUACGCCGCUGGGUUCGACUCUUCUAGAAAUAUAUUCCUCGGGGAAAAAGCAACGAAAUGGACAGAAAACCACGAGAUCGACGGUCUGACGACGAACGGCGUUCUCAUGAUGCACCCGCGCGGUGACUUCUGCGGCGGCAGCGCCACCUGCGGCCCGUGGCGUGAAACUUCAGUCGGCGGCGCCGUGUUCUCACUGAGGGAGAGUCGGUCCGCGCAGCAGAAGGGUCUCCCUUGCCAGUCAGAAAGCAACGUGCUCCGAGACGGGACCAUGAUAGACUUGUGCGGCGCCACGCUGCUAUGGAGGAGCGCCGAGGGACUCAAGAAUUCACCUACAAAACGUGACCUGGAAGCAUUAGUAGACGCACUGAACGCGGGCCGACCGCAAUGUCCUGUAGGGUUGAACACGCUGGUGAUCCCCCGCAAGCUGUCCUCGGCGCAGCAGGACCUCAACCAGCCCUACGUGUACCUCAACUGCGGACACGUUCAAGGCGAGCACUCGUGGGGCGCGGAGAGCAGCGAGACCGGACUCCGCAAGUGCCCGAUGUGCAUGACGCCGGGGCUGGUGGUGCGCGUGUGCAUGGGCAUCGAACCCGCGUUCUACGUGGACGCCGAGCCGCCCACCUACGCCUUCAACCCCUGCGGGCACAUGGCUUCUGAGAGGACUGUCAAGUACUGGGCGAGCGUGGACAUCCCGCACGGCACCAACGGCUUCCACGCCAUCUGCCCCUUCUGCGCCGCGCCGCUGCAGGGCUCGCCCGGCUACGUGCGCCUCAUCUUCCAGGACAACCUCGACUGAACGCACCACGGUCCUGCAGCAGGCGUUUUUAAUUAUAAAUAAAAGGGCCUUUUAUUUACCAAUUAACAAGAUUAUUACGAAGCGGCCGCCACCACGUCAGGCCGCAAGGAAGUUAUACAAACGAGCGGCAGACCUCAUAAAUAUGAACAAUGUUCAAAAUGUAAAGAAAAAACUAAGUACGAAGAAUUUUAUACAUUGACCCGUCUGUUCCUGUCUAUCACACGCGUGUAAUUUUAUUGCUAUCCCGCUCACACCGUGGUAUAAAAUCCCGUUAUCAUAAGCAGGACAGCAAAGAGAGAUAUGAAUAGGGUCAAUGUACGAAAUUCUUCAUAUUUAGCGUUGUUACUUUAUACAUAUUUAUGAGCUCAAAACGAGCAAGGUUAUGUCCUCCUCGAUAAGUUGAGAAUGUUUUCAUGACCUUUAAAUUAUGCACUAAUACCUAAUACCCUAUUUUCUUUUAAUGGAAUCUCACUUUUUACCUUUUUCCAUAUUUCAACAUAGCUGUAACGCUGGACUUACUCAUAUCAGAGACGAGACGAAUAAAGACUGUUAAUAUCAAUCAGAAUUAUACUCGAUCAUAGAGUUUGGCGUUAGCAGUCUUUAUUUAAAUAGUUUCUGCAAAAAGCGAAUGAAUGUAAUAAUGAAAAUGAAAUAUUUAGUUUGUUCAAGAGACGCAAAAUAAUGAUAAUGUUUACUAUGAGUGUUACGUUUAUAAAUUGAUGUGUUGAUGGUGUCUGUAUGUUUAUUGUGUCGUUCUUAAGGUAACACUUUGUCAAUUGUCAAAAAAGGACGAAAAAUAUGAAAUGUGUAUAAAUCCUGAAAACUGAUGAAAAAGUGAUACCUUUUGUCUGAACGCGUCACAAAUAGGUAUUAUAAAAUGUUCGGCUAAUGAAGAAUAUUUAUUUGUUAAUGUCAAGAUGUAUGAUAAUGCAGAGAAAAUGCGAGAAACUACAAAAAAAGUAUUUAACGCUUUGUACAUUGCUAUGACUUUUGUUUUAAAAUGAUUAUGAAUGGAAUAAUAAGAAAGAUUAAUUGAUUAACAGCAAUAGAAAAUUUACUUAUAUUUUAAGUGAGGCUGAC